AUUCUUCAGGAAAAUUAGUGGUAAAUGAAAUGGAUAUUUUACAAACAUCGCGAUUUAUACAGCGAAGGAACAAUUCUGAUGAGGUGAACUACGGGUUAAGACGGGAUCCGCAAAAAUCAGAGUCUCCCUCCGAAAUUGAGAGAAUAUGCGAAAGAAAAUGCAGGGAAUAUCAAUAUGAGCUCUCUCAACAGAAUCUCCUCGAUUCAACGGAUGAGCAUCUCAGUCCGGAAUCCCAGUGUUCGAUGCCAAUUGAUCCCAGAAUUUCUGGUGGACCGGAAAUUGAAGGAAAAGAAUUCCCACAUAUGGUAGCGCUGGGAUGGUUCGAGAAGCACUUGAAAUUUAUACAUCGUUGUGGCGGCAGUUUAAUCUCAGAAAAAUGGAUUCUAACCGCUUCACAUUGCACUGACAAUUUUUUAAAGAAACGUGGGGUAGCGCGGUUGGGAACAACCAGUCUAAGUGCAAUCAGAUCAGGUACAAUCAUUGGAGUGGUUGAAAUCGUUCGACAUCCCGAAUAUAAACACCCCAAGCUGUACGCGGAUAUCGCUUUGAUGAGACUCGCGAGACCUGUUGUAUUUUCUGACACCAUCAGCCCAGCAUGUUUGCACUCAAGAUUCGGUGGUGUAACGGAAACGGUAUGGGCAACUGGAUGGGGAUCCUUACAAUUUGGUGACGUACAAAUUCAGGAUAAUUUACAUAAAGUAAAGUUAGAGAUAAUCGACACUCUACCCUGUGCACUAGCAUACAAACGAACAAUUGCAAUUCCACAUGGCAUUGCUCCUAGUAUGCUAUGUGCUGGUGACCCCCGUGGUGGAUGGAAGCGAGAUACGUGUAAUGGUGAUUCCGGAGGGCCCCUUCAAAUCUACAACGUGGAAACUUGUAUGCAUGUAAUCGUUGGGAUUACGAGUUUUGGAAAACUGUGUGGAACGCCUGAUUUCCCAGGAGUUUACACGCGCGUUGCCUAUUACCUCGAUUGGAUCGAAUCGAUUGUGUGGCCAGCGAUUACUUCUUCGUUGUAUCAUAGUUACCAGCGUUCUCAUUGA